AUGUCAUCAACCCCUCACCUCAGCGCCCUCCAACGCGACGGCUUCGUCGUGAUCCCCUCGCUCCUAACCCCCACCGAAAUCGCCCACUACCGCACCAUAGCCACCCACGCGACCACGCUCACCCGGACAGGAAAAUGGCCGCACUUCCGCACCGUACCGAAGCAAUUUCCUCCCUGGCCCACGACCCCGCCGCCAGCCUCGGAAGGCGGAAUCUGGGGUGUGCAGCACCUCCUGCACCCCGAGAUGCCGGGACGGAGUGAAUUCGCCAAGUUCUAUUUCUCGGAGAAGGUGCUUGCCGUGGCGGAGGAGUUGCUUGGUCUGACAUCAGACACCAACACUACUAGCACCAAUGGUGAUGCUCCCGAGCCACUCGUAAUGGAACUCUUCAACCUGCUCGUCGCGCCCGAAACCAAAGACUUCGAACUCCGCUGGCACCGCGACGACAUCCCCGAGACCGCGACCCCGGAGGAAGAACUAAAGAUGCUGCAGGCCAAGAGUCCCAAUGGGAAGCAGUCGCACGCGCAGUAUAAUCUGGCGCUGUGUGCGGAUUCAUCCUUGAUUGUGAUUCCGGGGUCGCAUCGACGGGUGCGCACGGAAGUGGAGCGCAAUGCAGCGCCAUAUGAGCCGGAGUUGCCGGGGCAGUUGGUGGUGGAGUUGAAGCCUGGUGAUGCGGUCUUUUAUGAUAGUAAUAUUCUGCAUCGCGGGGUGUAUAAGUGUAAAGAGGAGGGAGGGGAGGAGACGAGGCUGACGUUGCAUGGCAGUUUGGGGUUGAAUGCGGCGGGUUUGGCGGCGGAGGAGGAUAAGAAGGUAAGGGCUACGGCGGUGUUGCAGCAUGGGGUCGGGGCGUGGGUGCAUCGGGAGGAUGCUGCUUUUGGGAUUGGGGAAAGGGCGGAGAGGAUGCGUGCGAAUUUGGUGGCGAUGGGGAGUGGGGAGGGGGUCGGGUAUUCUUUGCAGGGUUGA